AGACACAGACAGUCGUAAGUGACUAAAAGACAAGGAUUAAACUACUACUAAAUAUUGUGUCUGUUUCAUUGAAGAAUUAAAAAAAUCAUGAUAAUCAAGUUAACAUUAGUUUCUUGUUUGGUGUAUGUCUCAUUGAUCUCAUGGACUAAUGCUGAAUCAUUGGAAACCGAUUCAAGUGCUACCGGAUUGACUGUUGGUGAUUUAGUUGCCGCUUCGACCAAUGGAUGGGAACACAAGGGAUGGAGUCAACCUAAGGGUUACGAUGCCAAAGGAUGGGAACACGAUGAAUGGGCUUCGAAUGAAGGUAAAAAAGGUGGACACAUGAACAAGUACAAGGACUGGGGAGAUCGAAACAAGAAGUACGACGACUGGAAGAAACACAGCGAAGAAUGGGGCAAAAAGGGAAACGGUGCUCAUCACGACGAGAAACAUUGGGCUGACAAGGGAUGGAAAAAGUAUGACGACGGAAAGAAAGGUAAAAAGAUGGAACAUUGGGAUCAGGGUAAAAAGGAAGAUCACUGGAAGAAAUGGGAAGACAAAUGGAACUACGACAAGGACAAAGGUCAUGGAUACGAAAAGUCAUACUCAUGGGACAAGGAACACGCCAAGAAAUAUAAGCAAGGGUCAAAGGGUGGAAAUCACAAGGACUACAAACACGGAGAAAAGAAAGACUAUUGGGAAAAACACAACGCCAACGAUCAGGGACAUUGGAAACAAGGUGGAUUCAAACACAACGACGAUUGGAAACACAAGGAUUACAAAAAGAACUGGGGUGACCAUGGUCAACACAAAAAGAAUAACGAAAAGUGGGGAAAGGAAAAAUAUGACGAUGGUCAUCAUUGGGCCCACAAGAACCACAAACACGGUUACGAUAAGCACCAUGGCUGGGGACAUGGUGGACACGAAUACUAGAGAGUCGCUCAUUAGUUAACAUUUAAUUUAGACUCUAGAGAAAAACAUGAAAUUUAUUGAACAAUUGUCUUUAUAUUUGUAAUUUAAAUCAACAUUAUAUCCGCUUGACCAUUUACACUAAUCAGUGGAAACACUUGACCACUGGUUCAUGAAAGGAUCAAGCGUUUGUGCCAGAUAAUUAAUCUUCCUCUUCCUUUUCCUCCUCAUCAUCAUCAAUAUCAUCAAACUCUCUCUCUCUCUUCUCUCCCCUUAUCCAACCAAACAAUUAAAUCUUUCCAAUUUCCAUAAUUUAAUUCAGUUGAAAAUCUGUUAAUCUGUUAAAUAACAUGAUCGUUGAAAACGACCAUCAAUAAAUCAUCAACAGUGUUGAUAAUUAAUCUUA